AUGGGUAGAAAGCAGCAGCAGUAUACCAUGAACGUUGAGCAAAGUUCGGGGGAGCAGUUAUUAAGAAAUCCAUACUGUUCAACUGAAGGAACACACUGUGGCUGUAGAUCACACCAUGUGACAUGUGAGCUGCAUCCGGCUCCAGAAAACCCAUGUUCACUCUGGAAAAUAUUUCUAAUGUGUCUGUUGGCUUGUCUAGUUGCCACAGCCAUUACAGCUCUGGCCUUUUAUUUUGGCCCCCUUGGCAACCCCAACAAUACCACCAUCGUCAUUCACACAGAUGGAGGGUCCCGUCAGGAUCCCUGUACCUCUGCUUCUACACCGUCUCUGACCUCAACACCUCCACCUGGAACUGAGACCACUCCAUCUUCUACUGUAACUACUCCGGGCUCACCUACCAACCCACCCACACCUACUACAGUGAUGACUAGUACCACCAUAGAACAUGAGGUUGACAUUGAUUAUCAGAUAGUGUGA